ACCUUGUUGAUUUUGUGCUGAGUUGUGAACUUGUGAUAUAUUCAAUGAAAAUACAUGCUGUCACUCGCGAAAUUUUAAGCAUUUUCUUCCAGUUUUCUUAAUGAUAGUGACACACAGAUACUUCAGGAGUACAUGUAUAUAUAAAGACUUGAUUUGAAGUGACAUGGCUUCCCAGUUGUUGAUGUUGGUACUGAAGAUUAAGGAAAGCAGUGCUCCUGGUCUUGACCUCCCCACCUUCCUCUCCAAGGUUGAUGGAUUUCUCAAAGGCUACUCCAAAGCUAGUCAAGUCGUCCAUAAAUUUAAGGUGUGUGGGGAGCCAAGAGUGGUUGCAAUUUUUGAAGUAAAUAACAUCCUAGGACUUGAGAGAAACAUGGGUGGUUUAUCAAGAAUCGGUAUCUUUGAUGUGACCUGCAUUCCUUUGUCACACUACGAGACAUUUGCCGCAGCACUUGGCGUAGAUCAAGGUCUCACGAAAAUCUCGCCACAACCCCUCACAAAGAAAUUCAUCUAUUGGCUCAGCUUUAAUGUUGAAUACCAAGGAAAAACAACAGCUGAGCUGCUGGAGCUAUGGGUCAAAGAUGCCACAACAGUCUUAUCUGCCCGGGCGGCAGGGACUCAACUUGACCUCUACAAAGUCAUAGCUGAAAGGAAGGUGCAUUGCUUCAUUGGUACGGAUGUGCCAGACGAGGUUGACAAGUUGUCUUUCGCACUCCCUUUGAUGCAAGAGAAUGGGGCCAAUGUACAGAUAGAGUGUCGGGCAGUACAACUCUUGGAAGAAUACACCACAAGAAUCAUGACUGAGAACAUACAAUAACAUUAGCAACCUGCCUCUGAACAGUCAAAUGAUGUGAAACAGAUCCUUCAUGUGAUAGCAUUUAAAAAGUUGGUCUAGUUGGAUUAUGUAUAGUUGGAUUAUAUAUUGUAGUCAUUAUGUUUCAUUGUUGUUUUUCUUGAUUGGAUUAUAUAUUGUAGUCAUUAUGCUUCAUUGUUGUUUUUCUUGUGUGGAUUAUAUAUUGUAGUCAUUAUGUUUCAUUGUUGUUUUUCUUGUUUGGAUUAUAUAUUGUAGUCAUUAUGCUUCAUUGUUGUUUUUCUGGUGUUCCCUUUUAUCAUACAAGGCAUUACUUAACUCAAAUUAAACACAUUUUGGCCUCAUUAAUUCGAUCAACCCCAUUAAAUCCAUCAACCCCAUUUACUCCCUUGACCCAAUUAAUUUCUUUUACAUUAUUAACUCUCUCUACCUCAUUAACCCCAUUAACUCCAUUGUCACAUCACCAUAACUCAGUCAACCUCAUUAACCCCCUUGACCAAGUGAACUGCCUGGACCCCAUUAACUCCCUCUACCUCAUUAACCCCUUUGACCCCAUUAACUCCCUGGACCCCAUUAUUCCCUUGCCACAUCACCAUAACUCAGUCAACCUCAUUAACUCCCUUGACCCCAUUAUUCCCUUGCCCCAUCAACAUAACUCAGUCAACCUCAUUAACUCCCUUGACCCCAUUACUCCCUUGCCCCAUCCCCAUAACUCAGUCAACCUCAUUAACUCCCUAGAUCCCUUUAACUCCUUUUCCUUAUUACUAUAACUCCUUUGACCCAUUACCAUGACUCCAUCUACCCCAUCAACUCCUAUAAUCCAAUCAAGUCCGGAUCACUCUGUUUACUUACAGAUGUGAUCAUUCCAUCGUACACUGAUCACAGAAAAUUAUUACAAAAUAAGACAAUCAUGUUGAGAAUAGCUGAUUCUUCAUAUAUUUGUGUAUAAUCACAUUGAAACCUGACUAUUGGACUCAGGUGUCAAGAAUUUUAAUAAUGAUGUGACAUGCUGAAUGUGAGAGUGAGAGUGUGAGUCGCAGGAAAGCUGACUCGACUGUAAUAUAAUACAAAAGUGAGUCAGGAAUGUUGAGUGGACAGUACAGCAAUGUAAUACUCAAGUAAGUUGGUUACAAGAGAGCUGAGUGGAGGUUAAGGAAAUGUAAAAGUGAGUCUUACAUAUUAAAGAAGAGUUGUAAUUGUACAGAAAUGUAAUGUUAAAAUGAGUCGGUUACAGUAAAACUGAGUCAAUUGUACAGAAAUGUGAUGUUAAAUUGAGUUAGUUGCAGAAAAGCCAAGUCAAUUGUACAGAAAUGUGAUGUUAAAAUGAGUCAGUUAAAGGAAAGCCGAGUCAGUCGUACAGAAAUGCAAUAUUAAUUGAGUUAGUUACAGUAGAGCGGAGUCAAUUGUACUGAAACGUAAUGUUAAACUGAGUCAGUUGCAGGAAAGCCAAGUCAAUUGUACAGAAAUGCAAUGUUAAAUUAAGUUCGUUACAGGAAAGCUGAGUCAAUUGUACAGAAAUGUAAUGUUAAAAUGAGUCUGUUAAAGGAAUGCUGAGUCAAUUGUACAGAAAUGCAAUGUUAAAUUAAGUUCGUUACAGGAAAGCUGAGUCAAUUGUACAGAAAUGUAAUGUUAAAUUGAGUCAGUUAAAGGAAAACUGAGUCAAUUGUACAGAAAUGUAAUGUUAAAAUGAGUCUGUUAAAGGAAUGCUGAGUCAAUUGUACAGAAAUGCAAUGUUAAAAUGAGUCGGUUAAAGGAAAGCUGAGUCAAUUGUACAGAAAUGCAAUGUUAAAGUGAGUCAGUUAAAGGAAAGCUGAGUCAUUUGUAUAGAAAUGUAAUGUUAAAUUGAUCACUUAAAGGAAAGCCGAGUCAAUUGUACAAAAAUGCAAUGGGAAAUUGAGUCAAUUGUACAGAAAUGCAUUGUUAAAUUGAGUCAGUUGCAGGAAAGCUGAGUCAAUUGUACAGAUAUGUUAUGUUAAAAUGAGUCAGUUAAAGGAAAGCUGAGUCAAUUGUACAGAAAUGCAAUAUUAAUUUGUUCAAACUUUUUAUUUGCCAAUUUCACGUCUGAUUACUUUUAUAUGUUAUUUACUAUGUCAUACAAAAUUUCAAAAAAAAAAAUGCAAGGAAAUCUUUCCAGUAUUCAAUAUAGGGUUUUAAAAUGAUGUUUUCCAGAUAUAUUGUUAUACUAUUGUAACCUUGACAAUCAAAACAUGUGUUGUCAGGUGUAAUGUGUUGUGACCUUGAGCUAUGACCAUUGUGUUGUUGUGACCCUGACAUUGUAAGGACAUGAUGACCAGGGUAAUGUUGUGACCUUGACAUUGUCGAUAAGGACAUGUGAUGUCCAGGGUAAUAUUUUAACCUCGACAUCGUUGGUAACGACAUGUAAUAUCCAAUGUUGUAACCUUGACAUCGUCAGUAAGGACAUGUGAUGUCAGUUGUAAUGUGUUGAAACUUUGAUGUCGACUAUCAGGACAUGUGAUGUUCAGUGUAUUGUCUGUAAAGUUCUCAUCCGAAGUGUUCAUUGUGGACUUUGUCCGUUCUAAACAGGUUUUUCUCUUAGUCAAAGAGUCUGUUAAAACAGGUUUUACAUAGUGUUGUCUGCACUGGACUGAUACCAGGUUAUCUACAUUAUACUUUGUAUAGUUUCUUUUGAAGUUGAAUAUCAAUUUUAACAAAAACAAAUUUGCCAGUACAUGUUGAUUCAGUACUGGAUUUCUCAUCGUUUCUUUUCACAAGACGACCUCAUUAUAAUCAAGGUUGCAUGAAAUGCGUAAUAAAACUGAUGACACGACCAUGAUUACAUUGCAGAAAGUAAUGACACGAUCGAUGGUGUUGAUGCUUUCAGAAUAAUAGUGUGUGAUAGGUAUUUCUCACAUCAUACACGAAUUAUCUCUACUGUUUUACAUCUGUCAUUCUUUAAGGUAUGACAGACUGGGUUGACAGAUAGCAUGUGGAAUGACACAAUACUGUGACAUCAUAGGAACAAUUAUAUAUGACGUCACAAUGAUCUCUCGACGAGAGGUUAUUUGCAAAUCAGGAUAAAGAAAUACUAAAAUCAUUGUUUUCAAACAUUAUACACGGAUGAUGAGAGAAGAAUAAUCAUCCCCUAUCUUGAAGUUGUGACAGCAAAACUUCCAGCCCGAGGGGUGAUUAUAUUGGCUGUCUAACUCAAGGCUCUGCCAAUGGUUAGACGACCAGAUGAUCACCGCAAUGGUUGUAGAUUUCUCUGUUACACCCUCAAGGUAAGGGAAGAUUCCUAUCAUCUUUUCCCCAAUGAAAAUGAGAGUCCACCAGUGAAGUGUGGGAGAUUUAUUUAUGUUGUGAGUUUUUGGUGAGUAGUAUGAUGUUGUUCUCUCAAUUUUGUCAAAGAUUUAGUCUGGAUCUGAAAAUAUCUAAAAAAUAUUUACAGUUAAAUCAAACAGACCCUAUGCUGUUCUAUGCAUUGAUUUAAUUGAAAUUGUAAAAAUAGGAAAACAUUGAGAAUUAUUUUAUUAUUUUAAAAUUCGAAAGUGAAGGUAAAACAAAAUGGUAGUCUCACUCCAAAAUAGGGUAAUUUUGGUAAGUAUAUACAUUUUGAAAGUAAAAAUUCAAGGUCAUUCUUACUUCAUCACCAUAGUUACUGAGAGUAAGUUCUACAUUGAUCAUGUGACUCCAGUGCAAUGAUAUGUAUACCUUUAUAUUCUGUAUUGCACUCAUUCAAACUUCAAUAUGAAGUCUAAUUUGUUUAUGCUAUACAUGUACAUGUAUUUUAGUACUAGUUACAAGUGCUGUGUAUUUGAUAUUACUGAAGCAAUUAAUAAAGUAAUUACUGUA